AUGGGCAACCUGUGCAGCUGCGGCCGCCGCUGGAAGUGCCCUUCGCUUUUCAAAAGAAAGAAAGAGAAGCAAGGAGCUAAUGUGAGGCAUGAGACUCAACAGCAGCAGCCUGACAGGAAGGUCCCCACGUAUGAAGAUGUCCCAGAUGUGCCCGUGUACGCCACGGUGAGCAAGCCCAGGGAUGUGCAGCAGGAGGACAGCAUCCACUACGCUGACAUCCAGGUGUUCUCCAAGGCACGGGAGCGCUCGGCGGCCGAGCUGAGGAACCUGCAGCUGCAGAACGCCACGGAAUACGCCACCCUCAACUUCCCCAGGGCCAGGCUCAAGUACGACAGCAAAAAUGGCACCUUGGUCUAA